UACAUUAAAUUGAAGUUUAAUGUAUUUGAGGAUUAUGCAUCCACUACAACAGCAGCACAGAAUCUCCUUUAUACUGCUGCGAAGAAGAGAAAAGAGGUAUUACCAAAAAUUAUGGCAUAUUGCUACCAGAUUCUAACAGAGCCAAACAUUGAUCCAAGGAAAAAGGAUGGAGCUUUGCAUGUUAUAGGAUCCCUAGCAGAUAUUUUACUGAAGAAGAGUGUCUUCAAGGAUCAAAUGGAGCUGAUGUUACAGAAUCAUGUAUUUCCAUUGUUCAUGUCUAACCUGGGGUACCUCAGAGCUAGAUCCUGUUGGGUACUUCAUUCAUUCAGUGCUUUGAAAUUUCACAAUGAGCUAAACUUGAGGAAUGCAGUAGAGUUGGCAAAGAAGAGCUUGAUUGAUGAUAAAGAAAUGCCUGUCAAAGUAGAAGCAGCCAUAGCUCUUCAGACGUUAAUAAGCAACCAAGAGCAAGCCAAGGAAUACGUGAAGCCUUAUGUCAGGCCAGUUAUGCAAGAGCUCUUGCAUAUUGUUAGAGAGACUGAAAAUGAUGAUCUUACUAAUGUAAUCCAGAAGAUGAUCUGCGAGUACAGUCAGGAAGUAGCUACCAUCGCCGUUGACAUGACUCAACACCUGGCUGAAAUAUUUGGUAAAGUACUUCAGAGUGAGGAAUAUGAGGAAGUAGAGGACAAAACAGUUAUGGCCAUGGGCAUCUUGCACACAAUUGACACUAUCCUGACAGUUGUGGAAGAUCACAAAGAGAUAACUCAACAGCUUGAGAGCAUUUGUUUACAGAUCAUUGGCCUCGUUUUGCAGAAACACGUUAUAGAGUUUUAUGAAGAAAUUCUCUCCUUGGCCUACAGCUUGACAUGCCAGAUGAUUUCACCUCAAAUGUGGCAGCUUUUAGGUGUUCUAUAUGAGGUUUUCCAGCAGGAUUGCUUUGAGUACUUUGCAGAUAUGAUGCCUCUCUUGCAUAAUUAUGUGACCAUUGACACUGAUACCUUACUGUCUAAUCCAAAGCAUUUAGAAAUAAUUUAUGCUAUGUGUAAAAAGGUAUUAACAGGAGAUGCAGGAGAAGAUGCAGAGUGCCAUGCCGCCAAACUCCUAGAAGUAAUCGUUCUUCAGUGCAAAGGACGCGGUAUUGACCAGUGUAUUCCACUCUUUGUGGAGGCUGUUCUGGAGCGGUUAACUAGAGGAGUUAAAACAAGCGAGCUUCGUACCAUGUGUCUUCAGGUUGCCAUAGCUGCACUCUACUACAAUCCUGACCUACUUCUGCACACCUUAGAGAACAUCAGAUUUCCACACAAUCCUGAGCCCAUCACUGCACAGUUCAUAAACCAGUGGAUGAAUGACACAGACUGUUUUCUUGGGCAA